GCGUUCAUUGAACAACAGUCUGAGUUCAAUUUAAACAGUUUUUUUUUUUCAAUUUUCAACUUCUUCUCCUUAAAUCCUUUCAACAACAUGAAGUUCGUAUUUGCCGUAGUCAUGUUGGCUCUCGCCGUCGGUGUUCAAUCAUCUCUGAUUGGUGCCCAUGCUCCUGGUGUAUCGUAUGUUACCUCUGCCAUACAUCCAGCUGGACCCUGGGGAGCCCCAUUGGGACUUCAUGGUGGAUGGGGUGGUCAUGCCGCCGUUGAUCAUAGUGCAUGGGCUGGUCCAUUGGUAGCUCCUUUGGCCGGUCAUGGUCUCUGGGGUGGUCAUGGUGCCUGGGGAGCACAUGGUGCCUGGGGUGGUCAUCCCGGUAUCUCUCUAGCUCAAGGUCCCGCUCUUGGCCAUGCUGGUCUCGGCCUUGGACUUGGUCAUGGACUCGCACAUGGUCCUCAUGGUCCUGGUGUUUAUGUUGCUAAGACUCGUGGUGCUGUGCAUACAGCUCCUUUGGCUGGCCACAUUGCCUCAGCUACUUCAUUGAAUGUGGCUCCAGCUCCUGGUACGCAUUAACUUAACUAACAAGUCGUUCGUAGGCACUGCAGCAACCGUCCAUAAUCCAACAUAAUCUGAUGACACCAAGAUGCCAAACUAGUUAUAAGUUAAUUAUUACUUGUUACACCCUCCUUAAGCCUUUUUUUCUUCACCACACUUUCCCUCCCGCUUAAUG